CCCGCGCCCACUCGCUGCCUUCUCAAAUCCAAACGCGAAGUAGCAACAAGCAAAAGCCCAGAUCGAUAAUACGAUGGGGCGGUCGCCGUGCUGCGAGAAGGCGCACACCAACAGGGGCGCGUGGACCAAGGAGGAGGACGAGCGGCUGGUGGCCUACGUCCGCGCGCACGGCGAAGGGUGCUGGCGCUCGCUGCCCAGGGCGGCGGGCCUGCUGCGCUGCGGCAAGAGCUGCCGCCUGCGCUGGAUCAACUACCUCCGCCCGGACCUCAAGCGCGGCAACUUCACCGCCGACGAGGACGACCUCAUCGUCAAGCUGCACAGCCUCCUCGGGAACAAGUGGUCGCUCAUCGCCGCGCGGCUCCCGGGGCGGACGGACAACGAGAUCAAGAACUACUGGAACACGCACAUCCGGCGCAAGCUGCUGGGCAGCGGCAUCGACCCCGUCACGCACCGCCGCGUCGCGGGGGGCGCCGCGACCACCAUCUCGUUCCAGCCCAGCCCCAACACCGCCGUCGCCGCCGCCGCAGAAACAGCAGCGCAGGCGCCGAUCAAGGCCGAGGAGACGGCGGCCGUCAAGGCGCCCAGGUGCCCCGACCUCAACCUGGACCUCUGCAUCAGCCCGCCGUGCCAGCAUGAGGACGACGGCGAGGAGGAGGAGGAGGAGCUGGACCUCAUCAAGCCCGCCGUCGUCAAGCGGGAGGCGCUGCAGGCCGGCCACGGCCACGGCCACGGCCUCUGCCUCGGCUGCGGCCUGGGCGGACAGAAGGGAGCGGCCGGGUGCAGCUGCAGCAACGGGCACCACUUCCUGGGGCUCAGGACCAGCGUGCUCGACUUCAGAGGCCUGGAGAUGAAGUGAACGAAACGAAGCCCACACGUCCUUUCUUCUCCUUUUGUUGUCGGUUUUAGUCUUGGCUUGUUGGAUUUGGAUAGAGCUAGUUGGUUACUAGUUGUUAGUUAGAAGAUAGUGCAGGAUGAUCACUAGCUACUG